GGAUAAGAGGAAAUUACAAAAGUUGCCGUAAUACAGCUAAACACAAGUCUCGCUCACUCUCUCUCUCAAGGGGAAAGUUCGCUGUGAGUGAGAAGCAAUCGAAAACAGCUGUCAAAACCGGAGAUCGAAUUUGCACAACUCCGGCGAUUGGAACCCUGGUAGUUAUCAAAACCGCCGUAGUAGACUACACCGAGCACCAGCCAUGGAUUUCCCGGAGCUUUGGGCAAUCUUCGGGCCAGGCGUCGCCGGCGCUGUGUUCGGCGCCGGAUGGUGGUUCUGGGUCGACGCCGUGGUUUGCAGCUCCGUCACCGUCUCGUUCCUUCACUACCUUCCAGGGAUUUUUGCUUCUUUGGCGGCUUUGAUGUUCAAUUGUGUUAAGAAGGACGACAUUGACUACUCUCCUUAUGAAGAGGGCGAGUGGAGGUUGAAGCUUUGGCUGUUCAUUGCUUAUGUUGUGUCCUUUGUAUCAUUGGCGGCAUCAGUGGGUUUGCUAAUACAAGAUUCACUUGUGACAACCGGCCCUUCGGUUUGGACAGGAACUGCUGGUGUAUUGCAAGCCGUUUUCGUGUUGGUCAGUGGGCUUAUAUAUUGGACUUCUCACCCGGAGUAAGUAGGGACCGUGAUAAGUAGUUAUUCAUGGGAAUCUGAAUUUCACAAGGGAGGGAAUAGAAUGACUUAAUGUAUCAUUUUACUCCUUCAAUCAAUUGGACCAAGAACAAAUGUAUCGUAAAUAGGGUUCAAUUUCAAAUUCAAUAGCUGAUACGAAAUGUAUUUUUCAGUGAUUGUAAAUUUAUAUUGUGCUAUCUUCCUAAAUUUGUGAAACUGAGUCGAUACUUUUCAAAAAUGCAAGUUUGUUUAUGUUUAAUCCAUUGAAUGACUGUUUUGCUGCUUAAGUUUGAUAUCUAAGGUUGCCCUUUCAAGGCAGCCUACUUGCUUC